GGCCCACCCGAAGUUGCGCACCAUCGCCAUUAGUGUUAUGCACUUGUGGACGUCUGCCUCUCCAGCGGAGAGGAACUCGGCGCAGCACGAGUGCAUCAACACGGCGAGGCGCUGCAAGCUUGGGUUUGCCAAGCUUGCACAACUGGUUGAGAUUGCCACCAAUCUCAAACUGGCCUCGUGCGCACGACAGGGUGGUGGCUACGUGUUGCCAUGGGUUAUGGGGACCGGUCGGGAGGGGACGGCGGCAGAGGACGAGGAUGAGGAGGGAGACGUGGAGCCCGAGGUGUGGGGAGCGCGACCUGCUGCCAGUGUUCCCGAGCAGGAGAUCCAGCGGCAGAUUGUCGCUUUCCAUGACAGCCGACCGUCCAGAGCCCAUUCGGUUCAGGACGUGUUCGGCAAGAGGGCGACGGAGCUGCGACCGUGGUCAAAGGGUGGGGAUGAUGCGGAUGCUGAUGCGGCAGACGACGACAUCGAUGACGAGUGGACAGACGAUGAUGACACGCUGCUGAGUCGCGACCCGACGGCUGAGCGGGUGUACUUCACUUACGGUGGGGGACGUGACGGCAUGGAUUCAUUCACAUCAGUUAUCACUGGUGAUUUGCCGUCGACCGCACAGGCGAGUGGCAGCAGCAGAGUCGGUGGUGGUCGUGGAGGUCCUAGAGGACGUUCGCAUGUGGAGGUUGGCGUCGACGACUCGGGGGAGCAGCAGCCACGGGGAGGUCUUCGGCAGACAGGCAGGCGUUGGGAGGUUAGGAGCGACAGCGAGGUCGAAGAGGAGGCCGAGGAGGAGGCCGAGGAUGGGCGGGUGCCCCUUCACGAUCGUCGUUUCUCUCCCUCCCAUCAUCGGAUCACUGCACAGCCCGAGGCACUUAGGCGUUCGGAGAGGUUGGCGUUGACGACGGGCAGAGACCGGACACAUGACGACGAGGAUCGUGGGGGGGAGAGGACUCCUUCCGACGCCGGUAUCCGCCCCCGCUCGCCAUCGGAGCUCCGCACACACGACUUUGAUGUCGGAGGGCUUGGUGGGGGCUUGGGAGAUUUCAGUGUCGAGGGACGUCGACAUGCCUCACCGUCGGAGGUGCGCACCGACGCGGACGUUGUGCGGGGCCCUGUUGAGAUUGAGGAGGAGAGGGAUGCCCAUUUGGACCAAGAGGAGGAGGAGCGUCUGGGGAACUUGCCACGAUGGGAGGGUCGGUUUGCGUAUCUUGACGAGCAGCGUCGGCAGAGGGAGUUGGGGAUACCGAGGGUGUCGGGGGAGACGAUGGACCGGACGGAGGUGAUGACGACGACCACGGUCCCGAGGAUGAUGCCUGUUCGUCGGGUCGGGUACCGGUUGCGGGCGGAUUACGACGUCGGGAGGGGCGUCUUCACGGGACGUACGCCAGUUCAGCCGCAGGCUGCAGAGGGUGGGUCCGGACGUCCGAGCCUGCAGAUGGCAGGCCGCAUGCUCGGUUUGUCACGAGCGGAGACGAGGAGAUCAUUGGUCCUCGAGGCCGCAGGGACAUCCACGGACAUGCUGGGGGGACAGCAGUACACAUCGGGCGAUGAGGGGUUGUUGAUGCGUCUUGGGACGAGACGACAGCGCGGCCUCGCGGAGGUUGAGGCUCGACUCGCGGUAGAGGUCGCCGCUGGCCAGGCAGCAUUGGACGCAAUUCAGAGGGAGAGAGAGAUGGGGAUUGCUGCACGGGCGUCAGAGGACGAGGACGCAGACACAGAGUCCGAGCCGAUCGAGACUGCGGCCCUGGACCCGGACAAGUGCGGGGACUCCACUCCGGUUAUGUGGCACAAGGCCAUCAAACAGCCCUCGGCCCUAGAUCUCACGAAUCUACGCAAAGUCUGGAGCGCGGGGAGACCUUACCUCAAGUGCAGCCGCAAGCAGGGGGAGGAGGAUAAGAACUGCCCCGACGGUCCCUUAUGGGUCGAUCACACCAUUUGGUACCUCCUGGCACAUCCGGACAUCCUAUUCCCCACGAUGUCGUCAAUCAAGGUCAGAAUGUCGAUGCUAGUUCAUUACCUUAGGACCACGUGGCGGGAGGCCGUGAUCGGCUGCAUCACCUUCAUGUGCGUAAGAGAAGUCAUGAUGGAUCUCAUCGAGGCGAUGGAGCAGAAUCCGCAGCACACAGCUGAAACGGUGAUCAGGGACGAGAGGCUAUGGAGGCAUCAGCUUCCACCGACGCUCGGAAGAUUGCUUCUUCCGAGGAGGAUCCCUGACACACCAAGAAGGGUGGUCCCAGCCCCCAGGAACAGGAACCCCGUCGCACAGAUUCAUGCCCAAUGCAGGCUCAACUUCCAAGCGAUUAACAGAGCUAACGGCGGCGCAGCACCUGCAACUGCUCAAGCGCAACCCGUAGCCCAAGGGGAUAAUCGUAUGGCAGCGCAGGCUGACCAGCAGCAGCAGCAACCCAUCCAGCAGCAGGCGCAGCAGCUGAGGGUAGCAACAGCUGGAUUGCUAACAGCAGCAGCAGGGAGCAGUAGCUUCCACAUCACGAACCUCGGGCAAGGGAUGACACAACCACAGGACGCUAGUACUGCCAUGCAGGAGAUCACAAAAGAUGGGCCUGAGCAAGCGAGGGCGGGACGACGAUCAUCUCAGCAGAACAGCCAACCACCUAUCGUUGCCACUCCGGUUUCUGCACAAUCGUUAGCAGCGCGUUGUCCAUAUACCCGCGGGAAAAGGAGAUCACCUGAAGAAGUCUGAGACAUUGACUCAACACACUCUCAACCAAGCAAGAAGCAGAAGCGGAAAGCCUCCUACAACAGACGGAUUCAGAUACUAACAUCUUGAGAGAAGACAGGAUCAUCUCGUUGCUAAUGACCGCGUCGCACUCCCUUCUCUUCUAAGCAUUCUCGCUCCCUCUUUCUCUCACCAACCCCUUCCAUAUUUUCCUUCGUCUUUUCGACAACUUUGAUAAUGCAUGCUUGAGCUAAUGAAUGCGAGAAGGCGCG